CCCAGUCCCUGCUGAAAGUUCAGAUGGAAAAGCAGUCAUCUGUGUGGGGCAGAAAUGGAGACUUGACCAGCCUCAAGACCAGUCUUGCCUCAAAGGCUUGGCAGUCCAGAAAUGGCCAUGUGAAGAAUGCGGAGGCUAAUUCUGCAGUGGCUCCCCCGCUCCUGCCUGCCACCGUCAGGGAAAUGGAAGCCAACAGUGCAGCCUUGGAGACCACCCAAAUCAAGGACAAGCUCAAAAAAAGGAGGCUCUCUGAGGGGUGGUCUGCUUCUCCCCGAGCUUCUUUGGAUCCUGGAGGAGUUACUAAAGGUACUUCCCUGAAGAGUGCCAUGCCCCGCUCUACCUCUCAGAGAUUCCUGACAGUUUCCAGGCCAAUGCCUCCCAUCCAAAGCAUCCCCACCACCCCAGAGGCCAAAGGGUCUUUGGAGAAUGGCUCAGCCCCACAAAGGAUUAGCAAGGGUCGGCUAAGGGCAACUCCAGCUGCCCAAGAGGUACAGAUAUCCCUUCAGUACCUGCAUUGCAAGGAUGAGAAGAUGAGGCGCUCUUUGGGAGGUGCCCUGAUUCCUUCUAUCCCAAAGCCCGGGCAGCCAACAGAGACCAAGUCAGUAACAUUGCCAGCUGUUGUUAGCAAUCCUAUUCCUCUACCUCCAGGCCAAGAUGUACUCACAUUCCAGGAGGUCCCUAGAAUAAGAUUGGCACAGGAGAAUAAUUCCCAGGAGAAGACCCCAAGUCUAUGGGCAAGGUCUGUGGUCCCUCCUGCCCAAGUCAGGCCAGCUGGUGGCACAAAGUCUGCUGCCCAUUCCUCGCAGGCCGCAUCUCCAUUGACGACACCUUCCCUCAGCCAUGCUAACAAAGAUGAACGGACAAGGACCCAACAAUUGCUGAAAGAGAUGGACCGGCCACAAAGCAACUCCAGGAUUCAAGUGACCAUUGCCAAGUCAGCCCAGGAGAAGAUGCGUCUGAAACAAAUGAAAGAAAUGGAGUUAUUCAGGCGGGGCAGGGAACGAGAGGAGGGGCAGCGAGAGAGAGACUUUCUGUCCCAGAAUUUGAGCUCCAGAAGCAUGAUGAAAGAAGGGCUCAUUCCCCUUCAUGGAUCGCUUUCUGUUUCUGCCAAGUUGGGAAGCCCAUGCAGAACUAGCCUUGGAAUUAUUUUGAAGAAACGAGCUAACCGUUCCUCGCUGCCCAGUAUCCCUGUCUCCAGCCAGGGACCCCGCUUUACCCGCCAUGCCUCAGCCAAUUCCCUGCCUGCAGUGUUUACAGUGGGUACUCCGGAAUGGGAGGAAGAAGAAAUCAUAAACAACAACUCCAAAGAGCUGAGGCCCCUCUCAAAUCCAGAAUUAGUCCUGAUGAAUGCCCUCCAAUGGCUUGAGAGCAAUGAUUGGCAGAUGAAAGAGAAAGGGCUGGUGAGCAUCAGACGUCUGGCGACCUGUCACUCUGAGGUCCUUGCAGAGAGACUACAUGAUGUUUCCUUGGCAGUUUUGGGGGAGGUUCCCAACCUCCGUUCCAAGGUGUGCCGCCUGGCCAUCAGCACACUGGGAGACCUCUUCCGUACCAUGAAGAAGAACAUGGACCCAGAAGUUGAGGAGAUUGCCCGAUGUUUGCUGCAAAAGAUGGGGGACACUAAUGAAUUUAUCCAUAGAGCUGCUGACCGGUCUCUGGGAGCCAUGGUAGAAAAUGUGACUCCUUCUAAAUCCUUGGCUGCCCUCACAACAGGGGGUGUACAUCACAGAAACCCACUAAUCCGAAAAUGCGCUGCCGAGCACCUGUGCAAUGUCAUAGAGCAGAUCGGGGCUGAUAAACUGCUCUCAGGGACCCGGGAAAGUACUGACAUGCUGAUCCGAACAAUGGUAAAGCUUGCCCAGGACUCCAACAAAGAUACAAGAUUUUGUGGCCGGAAGAUGAUGAACACUUUGAUGUCAAACUCAAGGUUUGAUGCAUUCCUGAAACAGUCCUUCCCAUCUCAUGACCUAUGUGAUGUGAUGGCAACCAUUAAACAAAAGGGAGUUGAAGAAAACAUAGAGCCUCCACCUAUCAAGGGCCGAAAAAUAAAGAACUCAAUAGCCUCUGAGGAAAUCCGGAUUACUGAACAAGGGUGCAGCGCAGAGAUAGAGCCAGCGGUGGUUCAUCGUAGCAACAUACGUAACCCAGAGAUGAUAGAGCAGCUGAAGGAGCUGAGCUCCCUGCUGCAGUCCAAGGAAUACCGGACCCGAAUGGAGGGCAUUACCCUUCUCCUUGCCCAUUGCAAGAAUAACCACAAUUUUAUCACCGCCAACCUAACACAGAUCUUCGAUAUUUUCAUCCCGAGGCUGCAGGAUCCCAACAAGAAAGUGAACCAAUGUGCUCUCGAGGUCUUUACAGAAAUGAUCCCUCACCUCAAAGACAACUUGCACCCGGUGCUGGUCUCCGUGGUCACUGUGGUCUCAGAUAACCUCAACUCCAAGAGUUCUGCCAUUUACGGAGCUGCUGUGAUGGCUUUAGAUGCCAUGAUUGAGAACAUAGACAACUUUUCCCUGCUACAAGCCUUUGCUGGCCGGCUUUGUUUCCUGAGUGGCCGAGCAAUGUGUGAUAUUACGCAACGUCUAUCAGUGCUAGUGACUUCAGUCUACUCUCGGAAGCCUCAGAGUGUGGAACGGCACGUCCUCCCUGUUCUCUGGUACUUCUUGAACAACAUGAUUGGGAACGGGGUCCUGCCGGGGCACAGCGGCAAUGUCCGCUCCGUGGUAUGUCAGCUGACCAAGAGCCUCUACGAGCAAAUGGGGACCCGCCUGCGGGACUGUGCUGCUGGACAGCCAAAGCAAGUCAGCAAGAUGCUCCAGGACAUCUUGGACUCAAACUUUCAAUGAGGCGUAGUAGGGAUGGGGGUUGGGGGUCGGGGGAGGAACAAAAGGGCCACUGCCCCCCCAUUUUGAGACCAUUUGCAGCUCAAGAACUUUCAGCUGGAUAAAACAUGGAUCUGAGAUGGGCAAUUAUUUUUUUAACUCUUUUUUUUCGGAUGGAAGAAACUACUGGUAGAAUAGGCCUAUAGAGUUUCAGAUGUACAUAGUUUAUUUUGAGGUAGAAUUAAAAAAAAACACCUAUUUUUCUAAGGUUUUAUUUUCUUGCACUCUUUUAUCCCCAGAGAAGUUUACAAAGGUAUUUUUAUAAAAAAAUCAAAACCAAACAAAACACAAACAAAAAAAUCAUAAACACAAUCAAUUGUGAGUUAUUCUGUGAUGGUGUUAAAAAAGGAAAGAAAAGGCAGGGAAUUUAUUAUGUAUUUUAUAGUCUGUAUAUGAAUACCUGCCCAUUUGAAGAUAGUCCAAACCCAUCUGUGAAUGCUCAGAUUCGUUAUACUCAAAUGGGUAGAGCCGUUUAGAGAUGUCUAAGGCCAUUAGGGACUGUUAGGUCCAAUUUGAGAUAAGCUGAAUAAAUAGAUGGGGCCAAUGGGGAUUAAUCUUUUGCCCUCUGUAGUCAUCUAAAGAAAAUUCUUAAAGUAUGAAGAAUUCCCCUUUGGACGCAUUGUUUUCUGGGUUUUAAAAAAUCAUAAAUUAGCACUAAUGUGAUAUUUACAUUAUUAUACAUCAAUUUCAAAGUGUGUCUGAAGGUUUCAGACAUUUUGGGGAGGCAGGUUUUGAGAAGUCCUAAAUGAUGUCCCAUAUUUACUCAGGGUUCUACUGGUCAUUUUCUUGCAUGGGAAUGUAUAGGUUUUUAUUUUAUGGAGCAUAGCAUGGGAUUGGGAAGGAAUAAAGAAAGAUGGGUCUCAGAUGCAAAGAACUAGUAUUUGUUGAUUUUUGAGGGAGCAAGAGAUUUAGAGCCCUAAUCUCAGGAAUAGGAUGUCUAUGGGCUGCAUGAAUCAGUGGUAAUUUGACAGAAUUGAGCCUGGGGAGGAGUUACCUGGAGGCUAUUGUUCUGAAAAGGUGGAAAGGUAGAAUCUGGAAAGUCAAAGGUCAUUGUGCCAAUCAUAAAUCAGCCCAAAGGAAGUUGGCACUUCUGGAAAUUGGGUAUCAGGGUGUUCAAUUCCACACUGCGGACUCAGGCCUUUUCCCAGUCCCUGUGGCCUUAGAGUUUGGGGCAGGCUCAGGGAGUCUCAACUUGAGUUAACCAGCUUCAGGCUGGGGGCAGCUUCUAGAUGGUUCCAGGUUCCACACAGAAGGCCCGGGGAGAAUUCAGGGUCCAGGCUAGACCUUCCCAGCCAGACUUGCUUAGAGAGCUCCAGAAAAUUCAUAUCUUGCCCGUUCCCGGUGAGUCUUCAGGUCUCACCCAGGUAGGGGACAGGGAUUCCCCUCCGAGGUGAGUGACCAUCUUAUUUCACAGCUUAUUUGUUUGGGAAGGUGUUUAUGUGGGUCCCCAGACAGGCUUGGAUGCUUAGGUCAGUGACCUUUUAGCUAAGGGCAGGGAACCUCGGGGGAAACUAUAUUAUCUCCAACCAGGUGAGAUUAGAGUGCCAGUGGGGCAGAUAGAGCAGGAAGCCUCCUAGCACCACACAAAGGCACCUACUCUGCCACUGUUCUCCCUUUCUGUAGAGAUGCGCUCAUCUGACUGAUUAUUUAGCUAGCUGGGGAUGUUUGAUAAUAUUUUGAGCUUCCUUUCAGUUUCCUUCACCUUUGAGUGGGACAUAGUAGAUAGAAUGCUGGACUUGGAGCCAGAAAAACCUGCAUUGAAAUCUUAUUUCUGACUCCUACUAACUCUGCAAGUCACCAUCUCUCAACUAUAGGCAGCUCUCCAAGACAUUCAGUAUCACUGGGACAUGCAUGUGUGAUUGAUAGGUCCUUGACUUUGGAGGGAAAACAUCCUUUCCAAAAAGGACUUCCAUGGAAGUUAGGUUUUUUUUUUUUGGGUGGGAGGACCUUGAAAUCAGAUAAAUUUUUUCUUUUGCCUCCUCUUCCCACUCCUAUACUUAGAGAGUGGAGAUAGAAUUGGGAUGAAGGUGCUACCAACAUUUCCUUUAGAACCUUGUAACUUAUCAAAAAUCCAGAAUUUAUUGGGGAGCUUUCUAGAUGGCUUCUUAAAUCAUGGGUCACAACCCCAAAUGGGGUCUCAUAACUGAAUGUGGGGGCUUACAAGAUUAUGAUUUAUUAUCAGUAAAUGUUUGAUUUGUAUACCUUUUAUAUAUCUAUAUACCCAUGACUAUGUAAAAUUUUUCUUGGGUUAAAAGGAGUUGGAAUGGAAAAAGUUUAAGAAACCCUGGUCUAGAGCAUUUAGGAAUGUACAACUUCCAGGCCACAUGUCUAGGUUCAGUGAUACAACUGUUUUCUUUCCUACUUUGCCUUAUCUCCCACUUCCAAGCCUCUCGUCUUGAGCACUUACAUCCUGUCCCAAUAAUUGUUUUUUUUUUUUUAAAAUUCAGUUGGAAAGUCAAGAGUGUCAUUUGCAUAUUUUAAAAAUAAUUCCCAAUCUUUUAGGUCCUAUCUGGUACUUUACCCAAUGAGCAUGACCUCCAGGAUCAUACUCUUGGUGUAGACAGAAGUCAUAGUAGUAUUUCUUGUAUGCCACGGGGGCUUUCCAUCUCAAGCCAUUCUCACGUCCCUUUUCCAAAAAAUAAAGGCAAUAGAGGGACGCGAUCUUGGGCUGAUGAUCUGUGGGAGAGCCAAGGGCAGACACGGGCUGAGAGUUAACUUUGUAUCGCCGUUAUCAGAGCAUGUAUAGCCUUCAUCUGUAGAAACGAUGGCUUUGGGGAAUGGGGCACAAACUCGAUUUUUCUUUUAGCAGUGGGGGUGCUUCCAGCAGCCAGCCACCCACUCUUGCCUAGUCAUUCGUGUGGCCAGUAGGGAUGUCCACGAGGUGAGUGAUGCAUCAAGGAGACAGUCUGGGACUGCAGAACAAAGAUUUUCUCUGUGUAGGAAACAAAAUACACGGGUUAAACCCCCAGCCUGGGAGAAGGGCAGCUUCUCUGCCCUAGUAAACUGCUCUCUACAGACGACAUAACCCAAGUGGGCUUUGUGCUCCUUGGCCCUGAACGUUUGUUAAAGACAUGCUCUCUGCGCUCCCUUUACUUCCCAGCUUCUUAGACAUUGAGAGAAGGCCGCUGCUUCUGACCGAAGGCUGGAAUUGGAUUGGGGGGUUACAGAUCCAAAGCCUGGCCAGCCAGCUGCCCAAAGGGGUGACGAGGCGACAAAAGGAGCAGAAAGAGAAAUGGUUUUCAAACCCCGGGCUUCCUCAUCAGUUCCUGUGCUCUAAUUGUGGUUCAGUCAUUCGGUUGUGUCUGACUCUCUAUGGACCACCCUGUGCAUGGAGAUUUUUUUGGCAAGACUGCUGGAGUGAUUUGCCAUUUCCUUCUCCCGUGGAUUAAGGCAAACGGGCUGGGUUAAGUGUCUCAGUUGGUAAGUGUCGAAGGCCAGAUUUGAACCCAGACCUUCCUGACUCCAGGAAGAUGCUUUUCCCACUGAGCCAUCCAGCUGCCUCCAUGUCCUGUGAAGAGGCGCCUGGUGCAAAGUGCUAAGGAAAGAUUAAACCGGACACAGCAGCCAAUUAACCAGGUAGGGCCCAGCAAGCGUGGGGAAUGCAGCGGGGCCAAGACUGAGUCUGUCAGGAGUGCAAGGAACAGGCUCAAGUUUUGUCUGCUCAAGAAUCGACACAAAUUAUUGGCUUUUCAAGCCUGUCUUGCCCACACAGGACCAAUGAGCCUCCGCUGCCGAUCCCUCUCAGGCAGCGGGGAAAGGGCCGUGUCUUCAGCAGCGAAGAGCUGGAAUAAAAGAGCUUGUGUAGGGUCCACUGUCCUUAGAACGCGAAAGAUUUGUAAAUGUUUGUUCCCUAAUGGACUUUGGGUGCCUGGUACCCAUGGGUGCUGUUAACUUCUGUAUAGACCUUCAGAGAAUAAAGUGUCUUACCAGCAUUUUGUGGAUUCUCUCUGGUGUGUUGGUAUCUGUUCCAUGGAGCAGUCAUUUUUUUGUGUUUCUCCAGGACCUUUUUUCCCAGAAUACAUGAUGGGAUGUGUCUCUUUCCUUCAUCUUUUAAGCCCCUCAUCUUCCUACUCCUC